AUGGCAUCUGAAGAAGCAUGGAUCGACCAAACAACUUAUUACUCAGUCUUGGGACUUACCACCGAUGCAUCGGAGUCUCAGAUCAAAAAAGCUUACCGGAAGAUAGCUAUGGCGAUUCAUCCAGACAAGAACAAGUCCAGCACCGCUGCUGAGAUGUUUAAGCUCGUAUCACACGCUCAAUCGGUACUGACCGACAAGGAAACAAGGCGAGACUACAAUGUCAAGCUUAUAUCUAAGGGUCUCCACACAUAUAUUCCGAAGCGCAGCAAACUUUCCUCGAUGGUGGCAGCAGCAGCGGCAGCAGCAGCGACCGUCAGCAUCUCUCAGAAUCCACGGACUCCUACAUCAUCGCCUCAGAAGCCAAUUCCUCGUUCUAGCCCUGCAAAAAAUACUACUAAUGUCAACUCGUCACUCCCGAAACAUGCCACGCCGCGGCCCCAAACCUCGCUUCCCCGAAGAAGUAAGCCCUACGAGCAACAACCAUAUGGAUUUGGGGUCGAAAAUGAACCUGUACCGAAGAGCCCAAAUUCCAUAGGAUUGUCUACGGUUGGUCGCGACAAGCUGUUCAAGGCCAAAAGUUAUCAACACCAACGUCCUGCCCCUCCGCACGCGGAGGGGCAGGAGUCCAAGCUACGUGGAUCUACUUACAGCUCUCGAUUUGCUGCUACAGCCUCGGAUUUGCAGGAAGAUAAGGAGACAGCUUACGAGAAUUAUGCCUCCAAGCCUUUCCAGGAGGGCAAACGUACCAAAUUCAACGGCGAUAAAAUUGAUAAGGACGAAGAAGAUGUCACAACUUCUCCGUUUCUCAGUAAUUACCAACGUCAUUAUGCUCGAACCAUGCACCAUGACAAAGAGCAAAACAGAAGGUCAACUUCGCCCGUGAAAAAUCAGCCAAACUCAACUGCGGAUUCUUUACAGGAUAUCAAGAAUAUAAUGGAGAGGCUGAAGAUGCCAAAAGAUGGAGUCUCUAAAGUGUCUAAUUCUGAAACAAAGAACGUUCCAUCUAGCUACGUGAAGCCACCGGAACCCUCGAAACAGACUGAGCCAGUCGUAGAUGAAUUAUUUAAGACUGGAUUGAGCGAAAGAAGACAAACUCAUCCUCAGUCGAUUCCUAUCAAAAGAGCAGCCGCAAACAACGGUAAAGUAGAGACACCAAAUGGUGACGACUUUACAAGCAUAAAGCUCAGCGAGCUCGAAAGCGUGCUCCCAAAUGAGAACCAAUUUUUCAAUAUGCAGCAGGUGAGCGACACCCUCGAAGGCGUGCGGAUCAAGAGGCCCAAAACAGAGCGCAAUGAUACGCUCGAGCUAAACGUGGUUAACAGACAGACGUACAUCUCAGAAUUUGCGCAAGAAGUGGCUUUUGAAAGCCUGUCACGACCUGUCAAUGAGCCACUGCCCCGUAUAUAUAAGCCCGAGCCAUUGUCUCUACAAGAACUGGGUGUUGAUGCUUCCAUCGCUCAUACUCCUCUACCUGCAAUUCCAGUACUGCAAAUAAAUUCAGUCGACAGGCACGAAGUUCUGCGGAUGACGCAAAUUAUCAAGAGCUUCCAAAGUGAAACUAACAGAAUAAAGCGCAAAAUCCUGGACGCACUUCUAAGACGUUCUACGGCGGACGACCUUUUCCAAGAUCGGCUUUCUCGUGUCGAAAAUACUGCGAUUCUGCUGCAUUCCAAAAAGUACGAUAUAGAGAUCGCAGAGAGACUUCAGAAACUCCAAGACCGACAACGACUUGUUUCCGACAGCUUUGCUACUCUCAUGAACUCGGUCUACCAGCGCUCACAUGCUCCCAACGGACGCUGA